CGGUACAGAUGUAGAGAAAAGUCCAGUUUGGUUUUAUUCAGAUUUUGCAGUAUAUCGUCCCUUGUUAACAAUGGCAGUAUACAUAAUAAGUAUUAUAUUUGCGGGAUUCAUCACUUACACCGCAUGGCCUGGUUCAAGUCUCUUUUCCUGGCAUCCAACCCUAAUGACAAUUGCGUUUGCAUUGCUGAUGUGUCAAGCUGUAAUGGUCUUCUCUCCAUAUUCAAUCUUCAAAGCAGCUGAUAGGAAGUCUAAAACACAAUGGCAUUGGAUUGUCAUGAUUGCUGCAAUGGUCACAUCAGGAGGAGGUUUAGCCACAAUAGUUUAUAACAAAUAUCGCAAUGGAGCAUCUCAUUUUACGACGUGGCAUGGAUUAAUAGGCCUCAUAACCAUGAUCUACAUGUGCUGUCAAUCAUCUGGUGGAACACUCCUUCUUUACCACAAUCUCGUGAAAAAAUUUGUGAAACUAAAAGACAUGAAAAUGUACCAUGCGACAUCUGGGUUGUUUAUGUACAUGUUAGCAAGUGCGAGUCUUGUUUUGGGGAUGUACUCUAGCUGGUUCCAAGCUGUUGUCACAGGGACAUCAUGGUACGUGUGUGCAAGUUGCCCCGGUUUAUUGGCGCUAUUUGUUAUGAAUCAGAUCACGACAGCAUACCUGCCAAAACCUGCCCAACCCAGGAUGUAACAUCACCUUUUUUCAAGUCACUCAUAGUCAAAUCCAAAGUGUUCAUGUGAUAAUCUGCCUUCACCAUUAAACAAUAAAUUAGAAAACCAAGAGGUAUAUUUUAAAAUAUGAGAUAUGAGCAGGGAGUACAUAAUAAAGCAUUAAAAGGAGACUUUCCUUAUUAACCUGUUACUGUCUUGUUAUGGUUGCUGUAAACAAUUAUAGUUUUUUUACUUAUUGAACUCAAAUGUGAGGAAUAUAUUCAAUGUGAAAAUUAACAACAAAAUAUUGUCUAUGAAGAUGAAUACUGAGGUUCAAGCAAAGUGACUGGAAUUUCAGGUUUGUACUGUUUAUGGUUGGAAGUAUAAGGCAACCAUCAGCUUUCUUGUCAUUAAUACA